AAUAAACCGCGUAAUCGCUCAAAGUGAUUCUUCAUGUUGACUCCUUGAACACGGACGGGAAACUCAAUGCAGUCACUCACUUUGAGAUUUCCCCCCGAGCCCACAUGAGUCUGCUAUUUGAACCAAGUACGUCGAGCUUGCUCUCCGAACCCGAAAUAUAUGAAGAUCAGCUUUUUGCCACGGACCUCCUCUAUCUCCUUGGCGAAGGGAGCUGGCCGACAGCCGAAAUGCGUCAGCUUGACACCGCCCCCGUUGUCAACGAACCAACCUCGCGCGCUCUGAAACGUCUGCGUCCCCAGUGCUGUGAAGACGCUGAAGAGGAGCAGGUUAUCAAGCCGAAGAGAAUGCGAGCGACUCGUCCACGUCUGCGAAAUAAGGGCAAGAUCGAGAUUUUGAGGCGUGAAAUCCAAGCCCUCGAGUCGGAGCUUGAGGUUUUCCAGCGUGCCAAAGAAGACAGACUGGAGUGGCGCAACACAGAAUCUCUGUGGAGGGCUAUUGCUAUGAAGCAAAGUCAGGAAAGAGAACGAGCAGAACAGCAAAACAAGGCGCUCAAGGCGCUGCUGACUGCACAACAAACGCUGACAACGUCGCUCUCUGGUGUGUUUAAGAGAUGGCAAGACCUGCCUGUUCCAGAUGCGAGCUCACUAAAUAUUUAGAGCUUUAGCCUAAAGCUCUAAAUACUAAACGAUUCCUAAAGUUUAGGACUCGUUAUCAUGCCGUGGCGAGAGUUAUCAUUACGCCUACACGUGCUUCAGUAACCUACACAUCUGCAUAAAAUACUACGUUAUUCCGACUCGAGCAUUACUUUGCACACAGGCCAGCUACAUGCAGCUGGCUUGUCAUCUAUGUGAUCGUUGUUCAAUAGUUAUACAAAUGCAUGAGGC